CGGAGCCGGAGUCGGAGCCCGAGGCCGAGAACGAGUGUGCUCGGGAGUUGGCGGCCUAGCGCAGCCGCAGCCCAGCUGAGCCCUCUCACGCCGCCUCUCCGCGUCCGUCCCCGGCGCCCAGCCCCUCAGCCCGGCCCAGUCCGGCCUCCCCGCGGGGUCACGCGGCCGCCCCGGGGACGAUGAACGGAGGAUAAAUGGUGCCCAAGGCAGACAGCGGUGCCUUCCUCCUGCUUUUCCUGCUCGUGCUCACCGUCACCGAGCCGCUGCGGCCAGAGCUGCGGUGCAACCCCGGGCAGUUUGCCUGUCGCAGUGGUGCCAUCCAGUGCAUCCCCCUCCCCUGGCAGUGUGACGGCUGGGCAACUUGUGAGGAUGAGAGCGAUGAAGCUGACUGUCCAGAAGUGACCGGGGAGGCACGUCCUUACCAUGGGAAGGAGGCUGUGGAUCCACGGCAGGGGCGGGCCCGAGGCGGCGACCCCACACACUUCCAUGCGGUGAAUGUGGCGCAGCCUGUUCGCUUCAGCAGGAAGUGCCCGACUGGGUGGCACCAUUAUGAAGGCACGGCCAGCUGCUACAGGGUCUACCUGAGUGGAGAGAACUACUGGGACGCUGCGCAGACCUGCCAGCGGGUGAAUGGCUCCCUCGCCACCUUCUCCACCGACCAGGAGCUGCGCUUUGUCCUGGCCCAGGAAUGGGACCAGCCAGAGCGGAGCUUCGGGUGGAAGGACCAGCACAAGUUGUGGGUUGGCUAUCAGUAUGUCAUCACUGGCCGGAACCACUCCUUAGAGGGUCGCUGGGAGGUAGCGUUCAAAGGUAAGUCUUUCCGGUCUGCAGAAGUGUUGAAUUUGAAAAUGGGGGAAAUUGUGCUGACUAGGGGUGUCUGCUGGGGUCUUUUCUCCUCCCACCUUAGGUGCAGGGACCAUGGAGAAGAUUGUCUUGUUCACCCCCUAGGCCUAGGUCAGACGUGUGUUGACAUCAAGGACAACGUGGUGGAUGAGGGAUUUUCCUUCACCCCCAAAGGUGACGACCUGUGCCUAAGCUGUACCUGCCAUGGUGGGGAGCCGGAGAUGUGCGUGGCUGCCCUCUGCGAGCGGCCGCAGGGCUGCCAGCAGUACCUCAAGGACCCCAAGGAGUGCUGCAAGUUCAUGUGUCUGGAUCCAGAUGGUAGCAGCUUGUUCGACUCCAUGGCCAGCGGAAUGCGUCUGAUCAUCAGCUGCAUCUCCUCCUUCCUCAUCCUGUCGCUGCUGCUCUUCAUGGUCCAUCGGCUGCGCCAGAGGCGCCGAGAGCGCAUUGAGUCCCUGAUUGGAGCAAACUUGCACCACUUCAACCUCGGCCGGAGGAUCCCUGGCUUCGACUAUGGCCCUGACGGGUUCGGGACAGGGCUCACGCCACUCCAUCUCUCAGACGACGGGGAAGGUGGGACUUUCCACUUCCAUGAUCCUCCACCACCCUACACAGCUUACAAGUACCCAGAUAUCGACCAGCCCGACGACCCGCCACCGCCCUAUGAAGCCUCCAUCAACCCAGACAGCAUGUUUUAUGACCCUGCAGACGAUGAUGCCUUUGAGCCAGCAGAAGCCAGCCCACCAGUCCCGGGGAACAGCAGCAGUGAUGGGGCUUUGCCCCAGCACCUGGAGCAGCCUCUGCCCUCUGUGGGGGCCCCUCUGACAGACCUGGAAGACUCGGCCGACAGCAGCAGUGCCCUGCUAGUGCCCCCUGACCCCACCCAGAAUGAGAGUGCCCCGGUUGCAGAGGCGCUGCUAGGGGGCGGCCUGCAUAGCCGCAGUUCUGUCAACACCAUGGUGUAGAGGACCGCCCAGCCACCCCCGAAGGCUGUGAACAUCGUUUGCUGUCAAGAAAACACGAACCCCCGUGGGAGACUUGCAGGGCCCCUGGGCUUAGCCUGGACCCAGCUGCACUGCUGCCGUACCACCCAAAUGUGCGUGCCCACACACGCGUGUGUGUACAUAGACUGUGCUGGCCUCUCGGGGAGCAAGGACAUGCCACCAAGAGUCCUUGAGGGCUUCACAAACAUGCAUAGCUUUGGGUCACUGUCUUUUUCUUUUUAAAUGGCAGAAGAAGAAGUUUGCUCAAACCACACGUUCCAGCGGUAGGGAACAAAAGGCCGUGGGGGCCAUGGCUCUGGAGCCAAACCAAACAUGUCUUUGGUGAGCUUGCUUCUCCAGCGUGCCAUCCAGAGGAGCAGGUCACCAGCCCCAGAACAGAGCCUGGGCAGCUGCAGGGGCCUCCCAAGACACUGCUGGGCCCAGAAGGGCAGUUCCAGGUGCUGGGGUUGGCUGCCAGCAUUGCUUGGGCAGUGGGUCUGCAUCAGGGCAGGCAGUCUUUGAGGGCGCUACGAUGGCUGCUUGGAGGAUGGUCCGGUGACCCUGCCCUGGGCUGGAGGCUGGCCUGGGGCUCCAGUACCCAAGACUCUGAGAAGGGAGCAUGGAAGGAAGGCAAACACUCUGCCCACCUGCCUGCUCACCAGGCAUUGCUGUGUCUCUCUUCCCUCUCCCCGCUCCCCUGAGGCUCUGCAAUUUUGCUGAGGCCCUGGGCUGUGCUUGGGAGGUACUGGUCCUGGACUCUCUGCGGAGGAUCAGGCCCAAGCUGACUCCUAUCUGCUACACUCUAGAGCCCUGCCUCCUGUUGGCUUGGCCCUGGGCUUGACCUCCCCCCACUCACCUUAUUUGUGCCAUAAAGGGUUGUGUCUUGGGGGGAGGGUGGCUUAAAUGAACAUCCUGGGCUGUUCCCACCUCCUGAAAGUCCCUUUUCUUGCACACCCCCACAACAGCUGGAGCGAAGUGCCUGAUGGCCGCUCGCACACACACCCCCCAGCCUUCCUCGACAGCACCAGGCAGUGACCUGAGGGUGGGCUCUAGCAUUUCUGAGAUUGGAGAUGAAGCGGGUUCUGUGCGAUUUUUAGCACAUCCUUACCUUUUCUACAUUGAAUGUCUGGACGUUUUCUUUGUGUGUGCGCGUGUCUGUGUGUGUGCGUGUGCAUACAGGUGGUGGCGGUAAAUGGGAGCUUGAGUGGGGCUGCUCCUGGUGGGUGUUGGACCUACAUGGGCACUGGAAUGGGAGUCCACAGGACCCUUGUUCCUUGUUUCGCUUGCCGUCUUCCCAGACCAGUAUGAGCAGUGACAGGGAGGCUUCCCUGAAGAGUGCAGGCUGGGGAUCUGUGGUGACAGGCCUCUGUGGCCCAGUCCAGUUCCAGGCAUGUUCUCUCACUCUGGUAGGCCAUUUUUCCUUCCAAUAUGGAAUGAUUUCCAAGGGUUGCCCCAGACCUGGUGGUCGGUCCCCAAAGCUGGCUUGAGGUAUGAGCUGUGGCUGUUGAGCUGGCCUGUCCUGGUGCGGCCGACCAUCCAUGGGCCAAUCUGCCUUUGUGAACUGUGCCUCGUAUCCAUGCUGGCGCCAAAGACAGCAAGAACCUUGUGUGCUAUGCCAGGAAGCCGCGUUGCAGAGCAGUUGUCACAGUCUGCUGCUGCUGACAAGGGUCCUGAGCGUGCCUGCUUUGGAGGGACCACCCAAUGGCCCCACGGGGACCUCACCCAGGCUUGAGAGCCCGCACAGAGGCAGUGUGGCUGGCCAGAGCUGUGGGGCUGGGAAGUUUCCUUCUGGAACCCGAAAGACUGUUGGGCCAGUCAGUUGCGUAGGAGUCCAUGAGGACAGGGUGGCCUGUAGCAGGCCCUGGGGGUGUGGAAGUGGGCUUAUCUAUGCUGGGUUCCCUCCCAGAGUUACCCAGUGGCUCUCUUCCUCCUCACCAGCCCCCACCCAGGUGCUCGUACAACCGCUGGGUGCCCCAUCAUCGGCACCCGGGUCUGUCCCAGAGCCCUGCCCUCUGCUGGAGGGCAACUGUGAGGAGAGCACGGAGGUUUGCCGUGGGCCCUCAUCUCUUCCCAUUGGCCAUCCCUUUGCAAGACAGGCUUUUACUCCACCAUCUGACGAAUCCCUGAGGCCAGCCCUUACUGAAAUUUGUGUUCCCUGUGAGAUGGGGGCCCCAAAGCUCUUGGGAGGGCUUCCUCCGCCAGGGACUUGCCUGGCCACAGCAUCUGAGAUCAGGUGCCCUCUGACCUGCCUGCGGAUCUGGAAUUUGAUACUGUACAUUGUCUCAAUGCCUGUUUUGUAUGUUUUCCUUUCACUAAGGGUUUUUAGUUUGGGUUUAUUUUUGGUUGGGUUGGCACUAAUCCUUUUCUUAAGAUGAUGUGAAAACCGUUUCAUCCAAAUGCCAAAUAAAUUCGUGUUCUGAAAG